AGGUGCUUCAUUUUGCUUGAGAAAGGGUGUGAUGGCAUACUAACUCGACGUGUGUCUAAUGAGGCGUAGGGUGGUGAGGAGUAAACAGGCCAGACCUAUCGCAGUAGUAGUAGCACACAUACACGCAAACACCAUGGCCGGACACCGAACAACCCCAUUACGAGUCGCCCAUCUCUUCGCCAACGGCAAAUGUCUCCAAUGUCUCCAAUUGGUCCAGGUUGCGUUGUGUAUUCUGGCCCCCAACAACAGACGACGCAGUCGCACAGCUCAGCCCUAUCAAUCACGACGUCCAUUCGCUCCAGCAAGUCGGGCACCAAGGUAGGGUUAAAGUUGCCAGGCAGCAGGCCGUGGCCGGUCAAAGGGCCACUUUUGUGUGAAUGGCAUGCAGUUGAUCGAAUGAUUUCGUGUGCCGGUUCGAGUCGGCGCGCCGACUGUGCGUGUGUCGGGUCUUCGGACUUAUCGAUCCACCCGGCUCCGAUCGGAAUUAAGUCACAAUCGCAAUCACAAUCCUUGGAAUACAGCCAUUCUGUACAUAGUACAAGGUUUUGAAUUUCGUUUAGUGGAAAUGGCUAGACCGAUCAGAGAAGGGGUUGCGCAGGGGUAGGCGAGGUCGUUGAUAGUGCCGGGCCAUCCUCGAGGGUCACCAGCUCUGUGCUCA